AUGGUUUUAGCUAUUGUCACCGGUGCAGCCAAAGGUAUUGGGCGUUCUGCAGCUCUCCAAUUGAGCCAGGACGGUUUCGAAGUCGCUGUAAUCGACCUUCCAGAUAAAGAAAAAGAGGCCCAAAGCGUUGUGGCCGAGAUCAAGAAGGCUGGCGGCAACGCUGCUUUCUAUACUGCUGAUGUGAGCAAGAAAGCUCAGUUCGAGAAGGCUGUUCAAACUGCCAUUGCCCAGUUUGGCACUUUGGACGUUCUCGUCAAUAACGCCGGUAUCAGUAUCAUGGCGCCUAUUGAACUUAUCACUGAGGAAGACUUCCUGAACAUGUUCAACGUGAACAUUAUGAGUGUGGUUUAUGGUAUGCAGAUUGCCAUUGCUGAGUUCAAGAAGACCAAACAUAAGGGUAAGAUCAUCAAUGCUGCUUCUUCGUUAUCUCACCAGGGCAUGCCUACUGUUGGCGCUUAUGCUCUGUCCAAGGCUUGUAUCAAGAGCUUGACUCAAACUGCCGCUAAGGAAUUUGCCGAUUUGGGAAUUAUGGUCAACUGCUACUGCCCAGGACCUAUCAGAACCGACUUGUUCGAAGGUAUUGUGGAUAGGAGUGUUGAGUUGGGCAUUGCUACUGCCCAGGAGGUGGAAGACGUCCAGAGAAACGGUAUGCUUUUGAAGAAGUUCGGUACUACCGAGGAAAUUGCCGAUAUCAUCUCUUUCUUGGCCAGUCCAAGAAGAAAGUGGAUCACUGGCCAGAGCUACACUGCCGACGGUGGAUUGAACUUCACUUAA